AUGUCAGGAACUCAAGAACCUCGCGUCCAUGACGACGACGCCAGCUCAGACUCCACCCAUGUGGAAGCAACCCAAGAUCAGGACUUUGCCACCGGCUUUGCUCCCAUUACUACCAACCUCACUCGCACCCAGACGCACCGUCUGAGUGGAGACGACCUGGUGAACCUGCCCUCCCGGACACUGUCCCAAAAUGCCCGCUUGGAGGAAUACACCCAGGAGACCGCCGAAGGCCAAAUCCUCAAGGAGGUCAAGUCCCAUCAGACCGGAAAGCUUGAGCGUUACGAGCUCGUUACCUGGAAGAUCAACGAUCCUGAAAACCCCAAGAACUGGUCCAAGGCAUACAAGUGGUGGUGCACCAUGUGUGUUGCUUUUACCUGUUUCGUCGUGGCCCUGAACAGUGCUGUCAUCACUGCCGAUAUCCAAGGCCCCGCUGAUGAGUUCGGUUCAUCGAGAGAAGUCGGUCUUCUGGCCAUUACCCUUUUCGUCGUUGGCUUCGGUGUGGGUCCGAUGGCAUUCGCCCCACUGUCCGAGAUCAUCGGCAGGAAGCCCAUCUACGCCUCCACUCUCUUCAUCGCAGUCGUCUUCAUCAUCCCUGAAGCUGUUUCCAAGAACAUGGCGACUCUUCUCGUGUGUCGUGCCAUUGAUGGCAUCGCCUUCUCCGCGCCCAUGACACUGGUCGGAGGUACAUUGGCUGAUCUGUGGAAGAAUGAGGAGCGUGGUGUGCCCAUGGCAGCAUUCAGUGCCGCUCCGUUCAUUGGUCCAGCUAUUGGUCCUCUCAUCGGUGGCUUCUUGGCCGACAACCUCGGCUGGAGAUGGUUGUAUUGGAUUCAGCUUAUCCUCUCCGGUGCUGCGUGGUUCCUCAUCUCGUUUACCGUGCCCGAGACCUACACUCCUAGUCUUUUAUCCAAGAGAGCCAAGAAGAUGAGGAAGGAGACCAACGACGACAAGUAUGUCACUGAAGAGGACUUGGACAAGCGUCCCUUCAGCGAGCGUCUCACUAUCUUCUUGCUUCGGCCGUUCCAGCUGCUUUUUUGCGAGGCCAUCGUCUUCUUCAUCUCGCUUUACAUGAGCGUAUUGUAUGGUCUUUUAUAUAUGUUCUUCGUGGCCUACCCCAUCGUCUUCCAGGAGGGCAAGGGCUUCAGCGCAUCCACCACCGGUUUGAUGUUCAUUCCCCUCGCCGUCGGAGUCGUCAUGAGUGCCGCCUGUGCGCCAUUCGUCAACAGCCACUACCUGAAGAUGGUCGAAAAGCAUAAUGGCAAACCCCCUGCAGAAGUUCGUCUUUACCCAAUGAUGGCUUCUUGCUGGUUCAUUCCGAUUGGUCUUUUCGUUUUCGCCUGGACUUCAUACCCCUGGCUUAUCUGGGUCGGCCCUUGUCUUGCAGGCUGGUCGGUCGGCUUCGGUUUCAUCUUCCUGUACAACGCGGCAAACAACUACCUCGUCGACUCUUACCAGCACCAAGCUGCUUCUGCACUUGCUGCGAAGACCUUCAUCCGUUCGUUCUGGGGUGCCGGUGUGGUCCUUUUCACCGAGCAGAUGUACCACCGUCUUGGUUACGAGUGGGCGAGUACGCUGUUGGCCUUUAUCGGUCUUGCGUGUUGCGCAAUUCCCUACGUUUUCUUCUUCAAGGGUGCUGCCAUCCGCAGGCACUCCAGGUACGCCUUCAGUGGCGAUGACGAGGAGAACCAGACGACCAUGAUUCCCGAGACCAAGCUUGCUACGGACCCCCAGUAA